UGCAUAACUGACAUCAAAAUACAUUCCUCUUUUGAAAAGCAGCUGUUCAGGGAAAAAAUAUUACAAAACGGACAAAAUCCGCUUUCUUUGGGUGGUUGGAAGUUCUUCUAAGAAGAUCCAGAAAUCAAAGAAACCGCUUGCUUCUCGAUUCUUGCACAGAAGUCGCCGGAGCUGAAGAGGGGAGGAAAUGAGAAACGUCCUUCUUGGUUGGUUGAUCGGCUUGGUUUUGAUUGCAUGCGUUCUUUCAGAAGAAAAUGAUGACGAAAUGGAAGCGGAAUCUAUCAGUCAACUCCUAGGGAAUCUUGAGUUCGUUGAAAGCGACGAGUUAAGAUCUGACGACGAGUGCAUCCCCCGCAACCGCGAGUGCACGAACCACCGCCACAAGUGCUGUAGGAGCAAAUUUUUCAAGGACAAGUGCAAAUGCUUCUACGUGGAGGGCAACGACACCGAGACCGAGGUGGAGCUCUGCACGUGCCAACAAGAAUGGUACCUCGGCAUGACGGAGAAGAUCUAUGAUCAAGCUUCCAAUCUGUUCAAGAAAUGGUUCGGUUGACUGAAAAUUCUCCUGAUUUGCUGAGAAAUAAAGCAGUUACCAAAAUGCUUUUCAUUCUUAUUUUCAUGAAAAUAAACAUUCUUGCCCUGAAAUUACA